AUGUCAGCACACUCUGGAGACGAACUCGAUAUCGACAUUAAAGAGCAAGAUCGCUUUCUUCCCAUUGCAAAUGUCGCCCGUAUCAUGAAGAAAGCACUUCCUGAAAAUGCCAAAAUCGCAAAGGAAGCCAAAGAGUGUGUUCAAGAGUGUGUUUCUGAAUUCAUUUCAUUCAUUACAAGUGAAGCCAGUGAUCGUUGUCAACAAGAAAAGAGAAAGACUAUCAAUGGUGAAGACAUCUUAUGGGCUAUGCAAUCUCUCGGUUUCGAGAACUACACAGAAGCAUUGAAGAUCUAUCUUGGGAAAUACCGUGAAACUACAAAGAUUGAGAGAACCACAGCAACUGGUAAAGAGAAGGAAGAGGGCCAAGAUUCACUCGCACAGCAGCAGCAACAGCAAGUUCAACAGCAACAAAUGUACGGAGAUCAGCAACAGCAAAUGGCUGGUUAUUACAAUGGAAACAUGUAA